AUGACCGCAGUGUGGAAGCAGAAUGCCUUAUUUCGGCUCCUGGCAUUUUUGGAUGUUGUGGGCCUGCAGCCCUUUUCAGUCCUAAGCGACCUCACCGGCGAUGGGGAGUUUGUCGAUGUGGGGCGCAUUUUUAGCAAUGGCAGCGCUAUCCACGGCAUCUUGUCUAGCGGACUUUACGUUUUCCGCGCCAACAUCACACGCCUCUUUUCGGACGAGGAAGAGCGAGCCCAAUUGCUUCGGCUAGUGGGAGAGUCUGCGGAGACAUUUAGCAGAAGUGUACUUGGACCUUCCUCACUUGUGGCGUUUGUUGAAGUUGUGGAAAGUGACCUGCCAGUGUGGGCCCUUCUGCGUAUCAAAGAGGCCUUUGCACUAACGGGCAAGGCAACAACGCUCUCGGAGCAGUUUCUUAUUGACGCCCUUGAUCACUGGAUGAGUCAACGAACUGUGAGGGAAAACGAUUCUCUCGUGCUGGCGUGUGGGGUGCAGCCGGCGGUGCUGGAGGCUGCGCGUGCACGAGCUGAAGAACUUCCACAUGCCGUUGAGGACUUUAUCAUUGAUGUCGUGUUUCCACCUCUGACGUCGGAUGACGAGAAGCAGACAGGGAAGGCCUGUGUCCUCGAUUGGCUGAUCGCCUCCUAUGAGAAGUGUUACGAGGCGGUUGAUGUCGACGAGGAGGAGGUGGAGGAGGAGGCGUCAUCGACUGAGUCUCCAAGAAAGAAAAUUAGGACAGAAGCAAAAGAUGGGGAGGAAUUUCUUACUGCGGAGAAUCUUGACCAGUUUAUGCGUGAGCGACCUUCGGCAGUUCCCAGAGCAAUCUUGCGCGAGCGACGACGUUCCCUCCAGGACCCGGCAAUUACCGGGUUUGAGCUGCAAAACCACUACACCGCAAAUGAGCUCAUGGACUAUGUUAAGGGGGAAUUGGGGGAGCGGCGGCGACUGAAGAAGGCCAAUUGCGUUCGUUUGAUUCUAAAGCAUCACUGCCUGGCGAGAACGGCAACCAUACCUAAAGAAGAAGAGGAAUAUUGUUUGCCAAGACAACUGCAUGAAAUGAAAUGGGUGCAUAGCGAAGAACCGAGCGCCAUGUGA